GAAUAUGUUUACAUUUCAAUAUCUUUCAAGUUAUUUUCUUUUUCCAUUAUUCUUUGUAUCUUCAUCAAAAAUCUUUAUGUACAUAUAUAUAUGGAAUGAAUAAUUUAUUCUUUUUGAUCAAAAUUCAAUGUAACUAUAUAAACUUUAUUUAGAUAUAUAUGAAUAUUGAUGUCAGACUCACGAAAGAUAAAAUCUUGAGUGCUGUUAGAGGUAUAAGGGCGGUUAUCACUUCCCGGUUGCCCACAACGUGGAAGGAUCCUUCUGGCGGUACCUAAAAAGGAAAUUGGAUUAAAGGUGGUCUUAGUGACCUGAGAGCGUGACCGAAAUCCCCAAGAGACAACUGUUUGAGGUCAGUCACACACGACCUUUAUGUGAUAAAUUUUCGUGUUUGCUCCGUAGCUUUUGAGACCUUACCGCCGGAGACGGAUAUCAGUGGGAUAAGGCGAGGUGUGCAUUUUUAUGGUCGACGUCUUCUAACCCUACCCCUAAUUGUGGGAAAGCAGAAUCGCUGUUAUUCUGGUUGUCUGAAGGAAACAUCUUACUGUCGUCACACCUCUGUACAGUCAGCAUUAUGAUUUCACCUUCGGAUAUUGGGUUUGCUGCGUUUAUUCUUUCCGUUCUUCAACCGACCUAUCUCGCGUUGUAGGACCUUGAGGAACGAUUGUUCCAGCCAGUACAACUCGUUUGAUUCAUCAUAACAGACCAGCUCGAUCAUCAUGUCAAGGAAACAUCAACGGAUGGGAUGAAAGAUAAAAUCAUGAUAACUUACAUACACAUGAUGAACUAUUAAAUUUCUAGAGAGUUAGAAAUCAUACUCAUCAUUAUCCAUAUUGAAUUAUUACUGUAUCACAACCAAAAUACUUAGAACAAUUUGAAGAUGAAAUAGCUAAAUGAAAUUAUUUAAACUGUCAUUAACACAUGCACCAGUAAAGUAUCUGGUAGAUAACAUGUAUCCAAAAGUACGAACACAAUCAAUUAUCAUCUAUGGCAUCUAUAAUCAAUGUUAGAGAACUUGUUGAACAAAUGAAACAUCUUCUUCAAGAUUUAAAAGCAUGCCCGGUAACGGAUAAAUUGAUUACUAAUGAAGAGAAUAUUAUACGAUUCCUUAAAGCACGUAGUUGGAAUUUGCAAUCUGCAGAGAAAAUGAUACGUAAAGAUAUACAAUGGCGUCAAGAAUUUCGACCAGAUUUAACAGAUUGUAAAAAUUGUCAUAAUCAACCAGGUACUCAUAGUUUAAGACAGAUAGGAUUUGAUGAAGCUGGGCGUCCAAUUAUAUAUGCAUCAUUUUCUCAAGCUAUUUCAAAUAGAAAUAUGUCAAAUGAUGCAGUAACUCAUUUAAUAUAUACAAUUGAAAAUGCAAUCAAAAGUAUGAAGUCUGGUGUUACACAAUGGGUUUUUGUAAUUGAUUGCACUGGCAUGACUACAACCAGCUGUCAUCCUCGUCUUGGUUACGAAUGUGCCAAAAUAAUGGCUGAUCAUUAUCCAGAGCGCCUUGGUUUAGCAAUGUGUGUUCUUCCAGGACCAGCAUUCAAAGUUGCUUGGCAAGCCAUUAAACCAUUCUUACCACAGACAACAGUAUCAAAAGUUUGCUUUAUUAGAAGUAAAUCAAAAAUAUGUUCAACCUUUGAACAAUACUUCUCACCAGAAACGUGUAACUGGUUAAUAACUGAAGUAAAAUUCAAUAGAUCAAGACAGACAACAACCAAAUACCGACCAUUUUGGUUACCUCCAAAAGAUUCCGAUGAUAAACAUGAUCCUAGAGGUGAUCCAAUAUAUGUUCGUGAUUGGCUUGUAUUAAAUCAUCCAACUCAACAUUUACCACAUCCAAAUAUUGUUGAUUAUAUGCUUGGAUGUUUAAAUUCACUUAAUUAUGAAAAUGCAUUAUGCUCUAGUCCUCUGGUUGAUAAUACUUAUGAGUUAACAGAAAAGGGAUUUGGUGAUUUUGAAGAACAUGAAAAUGAUAUUGAUGACGAAGAACUUACUAAAAAACUUGCUGCAGAAUUACCAAAAGAAUUUAUGAUUCCUGAAAAUGCAGAAAAGUUAACAUAAACCAUUAUAGUACAUUAGAAUAUUUAUAUUCUGUUAGCUCGUUCUCGUCUUUUUAACACACUUGUCAUUUUAUACCACUAAAAGAUAAUAUACAAACCAAUAAGAGAUGAGUUCUCAGGGUUAGGCAAUGGAAAGUUUUUGGUAAUAUGGUACUUUAUGUCCAUGUAUUCGGUUUAUUUUUAAAAAAAUUUUAUUUUUUAAUUUAA